AUGAAGAAAAAUUGGUCACUUUUAGACACUCGAAUAUUCUCUAUUUAUUCUCUCUCUUAUAGAGCACAUCUCGUCAUGUUUUCAGCGGUCCACGACCAAGUGAAAAGGUUCUUCCACGACGACGACGCAGAGGAGCAAAAGGUGAAGGUUUUCGUCGUCGUCGGGUUGGGGUUCCUGUUCGUCUCUUUAAGAGUAAAUCCAAUCCAAUUCGGGAAAAAUCUUAUAAGAAAAACGCGUUUAUAUGUGCUCGCGGUUUCGCACUUAGUCCUUUCCAACGAGAAGAAAGGGCUGAAAGCUUUACAGAAAGAGAUGGAUUUUGACGAGGAGACGAUCAAAUCGCAAUCAACGUUGAAAGGGACGAGAACUAUUUAUUUCCUCAGGCACGGGGAAAGUCAGUGGAAUUACGUCUUCAACAGAGGUUUUGGAGUCAGUUUUCCUUUGCGUUUGGCGAGAGGUUUAGUCAUGGAAUUGAUGUGUUUGUUUAACGCGCGAAACUCGUUCUUCGUGGACGCGCCUUUGAGCGAUCGCGGUUUAGAGCAAGUGGAGGAGUUGAGGAAGUUUUUGAACAAAGUGAACGAUCCGUUUUUAACAGACGCGGAGGUCGCGGCGCUGCGAUCGAAACACGUGGACGUGUUGAGAGCGGACGCGGCGAAGGGAGAGAAGUUGAGCAAGAAAUCAAUCAUCGUGACGUCAAAUUUAAGACGCGCGGCACAUACCGCGGCGAUUGCGUUUAUGGAUAGGUUUGAACGCACGAAGGAAAAGUUGUUCGUGAACGACGCUUUGCAAGAGAUGGCGAGGAACGUGGACGCGUUCGCGUUGGCGGGAGAGGCGUUUGACGCGGUACCGUACACUGGAAUUACGAACGUGGCGAAGGAUAAAGGGACGUUGAAUACGAUCGUAGAGGAAACGGUGAAGUUUGACGUGGAGUCGAACGCCGGGAAUAAGGGGAUUGGGAGGCGUGGCGCGACGGAUUGUUUGAGAUUUGCGCAUUGGGCGACGAGUCCGAGCGCGGUUCCGAAAGAGUGCGAAGCGAUCAUCGCCACCGGCCAUUCUAUAUAUUUCAAAGAGUUUUUCAAACUCUUUUUGCCGAGCGCGAGCAAACACGACGCGAAAUCGAAGAAAAUCGUCAAUUGUGGAGUCAUCGCGUUCGAGUUGAAGAAAUACGAACACGAAAAGAAGGGCGUGUUUUAUAGCAUCGACGAAAACUCGAUCGAAACGGUGUACGGGGGAUUCGUCCAGAAAGGGAAACAUUGA